UUCGCAGUAAGAGCGACGAUGGCCACGGCGAAGUACACGGUGGUUGGAGAGAUGUUGCGUUAUGUGAUUCCCACCCACAUGCACUGCUCCAUCGGGUGCGGAGGCCGAGCCUGCAAGUACGAAGACGCGUCACGCUGGAGUGAAGAUCAACAGGCCAUCAGAGGCAUCUACUCCUCCUGGAUCACAGACAAUUUACUCGCCAUGGCACGGCCUUCUACCGAAAUAAUGGAAAGGUACAACAUCAUCGAGCAAUUCCAAAGGUGUGGUUUGAGGACGGUCAUUAACCUGCAGCGACCUGGUGAACACGCCGACUGUGGGAACCCGCUAGAGCCGGACAGCGGCUUCACCUACCGGCCCGAGACCUUCAUGGAGGCUGGCAUUUAUUUUUACAACUUUGGAUGGAACGACUACGGCGUGGCCUCCCUCACUGCAAUCCUGGACAUGGUGAAGGUCAUGUGCUUCUCCAUGCAAGAGGGGAAGAUCGCCGUUCACUGUCACGCCGGACUCGGGAGAACAGGUGUCUUACUCGCCUGCUUCUUGGUGUUCACUUCACGCAUGACCGCCAACCAGGCCGUCCUGUUGGUGCGAUCCAAACGACCGAACUCCAUCCAGACCAGAGGGCAGCUGGCGUGUGUUUGGAACUUCGCAAAGUUCUUGAUUCCGCUGAGGAAUGUGUUUGCCCACGCCGAUCCGAGGGCCAAUCCCGUCACGCUAUCCCAGUUCCUGAUCCGUCAGAAACACAUCCUGCACGGAGACGAAGCUCGGCGGCUGAGACACAUACCCAAGCUCGUGCCACUCAUCUGCAAGCUCUUGUUGGACAUCGCGGAGAACCGGCAGGUCAUCGAGGAGGACGUUCUAGAGGUUCCAGACGUGAUGUCUGAUGACGAGAGCUCGGUUUGCUUUAAUGCCAGAUCAGAACCUCAGAUCAGCAGCCACAUCAUGAUGGGAGGGGUUAAUUUCAAUCUGCCUCGACUUCCUGGUCCAUUCGCGACUCCUAAGCACAGAUCCCAGCUGCCUCUUCAGUACGCUCACAAGAACCUCAGCUACAGCGACUCGGAUCUGCUCAGGCACUGUGAUGCGCUAAACGUCUCAGGAAACCACCUUCCCGUUUUAGCUGAUUCAGGAAGGAGGUCUGUGUCUCAAAUCAACAUUUCCCAUAACUGCCCUGAUGCCCCUCAUGGCACUCUGAGAGAUUUAUCAGCCUACGGUUCCCGCAGCAGCCUCUGGGAACUAAAGGCACGAGUGGAACAGGAGGAGGGAAGUUCUCUUCUGAACACUCGGCGCCAGUCGGUUGUGCAGCGCAGCCGAUCGUUCGGCGUCCACAAAGGAACGGAGAAGAAGAGGAGCUUCUUGAAGGUGCUGCUGUGGAAGAACGAUCAUGAAGGGAAUAAAAGGAACCAUAAAGGAGGUGAUGAUGAUGAGGAGGAGGAGGAGGAGAAGGAGGAGGAGGAUGUUCAGUCACCAGAGGUGCCGUUCCUCACCAUCCAGUCAGAGCUGACUCUGGAGGCUCGGCGUCUGCUGGUGGCUCAGUCACUCGCUCUGGACCUGAACCAGGAUGGAAAAGAGGAGCACGUCCACAAAGUCAGCAGCUGGAAGGUGGACCUGAACUCUCAGGGAGGAUUUGAGCGUCUGUGUUUGGAGAGGGAUCCGUUCGUCCUGACGGGAAUCCUGUGGUCCUGGUUAGAGCAGCUAAAGGAACCCGUCAUCUCCAAUACAGACGUUCAGACGCUGAAACAACAAAACACAGAGAUAACGAGCGUCCUAAACUCACUCCAGCGGGCCUCGAGAGAAACGCUGCUGUGUGUGUUAGACUGUUUCGCUCGUCUGCUGGUGAUGCCGGAGGAGGUGGAGGAAGCGUUUGUGGAGCGGAUGAUAAAGGCGUUUACACGGGUGUGUGUUAUUAUUCUGGAGUGUGUAUAACAUUUGCAAUAUAUUCGUAUUAUGUUCAUUAGGGCUCCAAGAAGCUACAUCAGUGACCGACUCUUGUGGAAACAGUCCACCAGGGGGCGCUUUAACAAAUACACGUGUUCCACUGUAUGUUUUGUUAGGCUUUCUCUAGGACGUCAUUUCCUGAAAUGGAAUGGAAUAAUAA